AGACAAAGAAAACAUUUUAACGAAAUGAAGUAGUCCGUUUCAGAAAACAGAUACACCAAAGUAAACUGGAGCUGGGCUUGUUGCUGGGAUCUGAAGUUACUAAACAUUUUGUGAGUGUAUGCACUCACACUUAGGACCAUAUAAUAAUAAAUAUGUGCAUGAUGAAAGUUGGGCAACAUGCUAACGUCCUUACUCCACUCUGUAUGCUCGUAUGGGUCUGACUCUUUCACUCUGACUUUUUUCCUCAAACUUUUUUUUGCCUUUUUGUCAAGUCUGUCUUUGUACGGACCUAAGAACUGUGAGAACUGACGCUAAUGACACAAGAAGUACUGACUGACAGGGACUAAAAUACACUGGCAGGCAGAUGAGGAAACCAGGAACAGGUGGGCACACAGCUAGAACUUAUUAGGCUAGACAAGACAAAGCAAAGCAGAAUACACUAACAUAAGACAAGACCUUCAAAGUAAAACAGGAAAUCCACAGACUGAACUCAAAGACAAUACUAACACAGUGCUAAAAUAAAAAAAGCAUUCUAAUAUCUCACACGUGUACUGUGUAAGAGCGAUUAACCUUGUGUUCUGUCAUGUAGUGACUGUGCUUAACUCUACAAAGCAGGAGUCACCAAUCCCAGUCCACGAAUGCCGGUUUUAGAUGCGUCCUUGGUCCAUCACAGCUGAUUUAAAUGGUUAAAUUACCUUCUCAACAUGUGUUCAAGUUCUCCAGAGGCCUGGUAAUGAACUACUUGUGUGUAUCUUAAGAACACCAAACUUUUAGUGCAUCAGCAGCUGUGUGUAUUUGUUAUCAGGACUUUAACCAGAGAUGAAGAUGUUGCUGCCACUCCUGCUCCUCGUACUCGUUUCCCAGCAUGCCCUGGCUCCAUUGGUGGAGGUGUAUGAGGGGGAAACAUCUGUCCUGUUGCCUUUCAAGUACUCAGGUUUUAUACCUGAGGACAAUCCCACAGUGCUGUGGACUCGCAAUGAUCUCAACCCCAAAUCUGUCCACCUACGACGAGAGGAAACGGAUGAUCUUAAAGGGCAAAACCAGCGUUACAGAGGGCGCACAUCAAUGAGGCCUGAUGCUCUGGACUCUUUAGACUUCAGCCUCACUCUGAGAAACCCCGAAAUGACUGAUAGCGGCAACUACACCUGCUCCAUCAGAAAUGAAAGGGAGGAACGGAAACUGACAGACAUACAGCUGCAUGUCAAAGACCAGCAGGUGGAGGUGAAAGUGGAGGAAGGGUCAGACUCUGUCACGCUGCCCUGCAACACAACACCUGACCUGCCUGAGGACACCACAGUGAAGUGGACUCACUUUGAUCAAGAACUCACGGUGGUCCAAGUAUAUUCAAAUAAGAGUGAUCACCUGAAACAACUGGACAACCUUUACUGUGGCCGUGCAAAAAUGAAUGAAGACCUGUUGAGAACUGGAGACCUCAGUCUGACCCUGAAAUACCCCACAAAGAGAGACAGUGGAGGAUACAUCUGCAUCAUCUCCAGGGACAAAGACAUCCUGAGACAGAAAGUAGUGCUGCAGGUCAAAGAUACAUUACCAUCCUGGGCGAAAGCACUUGUGGGUGCCCUGGUUCUCUUUUCCCUUGCUCUGGUUGUUUUUGGGGGUCUAUUAUUUAAAUUCUGGCACAAAUUCAUGUCAGUUAUUCCAGUGAAGGUGGAGGUGGAGGAGGGGGUGGAGUCUGUCACGCUGCCCUUUAAAACCACACAAAACCUGUCGGGGGAAAUUCAAGUGAUAUGGGAACGUUACAAGCCGUUCCAGAAGGCCUACAAGUUUGAAAACAAAACUAACCAAGUUAAAGAACAGCACGAGGUUUUCAAAGGCCGAACUGUGAUGAAUGAAAACUUCCUGGAAACUGGAGACCUCAGUCUGACCCUGAAACAGCCCACAAAGACAGACAGUGGAAAGUACAAGUGUUUGGUCUGGAGGGAGGGAACCUUCAUCAGAAUGAAAACUGUGAAGCUCAAAGUCAAAGACUGUCAGGUGCAGUUUAAACAGGGGGAGGGGUCUGUCACGCUGCCCUUCAAAACCAAACAAAAACUUUCGGGGGAAAUUCAAGUGAUAUGGGAACAUAAUGAGCCGUUCCAGAAGGCUCACGUGUUUACAAACUGCCCUAAGCAAUAUAAAGAACAGCACGAGUUUUACAGAGACCGAACUGUGAUGAACAAAGACCUGCUGGAAACUGGAGACCUCAGUCUGACCCUGAAACAGCCCACAGAUGGAGACAGUGGAGAGUACAAGUGUUUUGUCUGGAGGAAGGAAAACUUCAUCAGAAUGAAAACCGUGAAGCUCAAAGUCAAAGUCUGUCAGGUGGAGGUGGAGGAGGGGGAGGGGUCUGUCACGCUGCCCUUCAAAACCACAGAAAACCUGUUGGGGGAAAUUCAAGUGAUAUGGGAACGUAAUGAGCCGUUCCAGAAGGCUCACGUGUUUACAAACAACACUAACCAAGUUAAAGAACAGCACGAGGUUUUCAAAGGCCGAACUGUGAUGAAUGAAAACUUCCUGGUAACUGGAGACCUCAGUCUGACCCUGAAACAGCCCACAAAGACAGACAGUGGAGAGUACAAGUGUUUGGUCUGGAGGGAGGGAACCUUAAUCAGAAAGAAAACCGUGCUGCUCAAAGUCAAAGUCUGUCAGGUGGAGGUGGAGGAGGGGGAGGGGUCUGUCACGCUGCCCUUCAAAACCACAGAAAACCUGUUGGGGGAAAUUCAAGUGAUAUGGGAACGUAAUGAGCCGUUCCAGAAGGCUCACGUGUUUACAAACAACACUAACCAAGUUAAAGAACAGCACGAGGUUUUCAAAGGCCGAACUGUGAUGAAUGAAAACUUCCUGGUAACUGGAGACCUCAGUCUGACCCUGCAACAGCCCACAAAGAUAGACAGUGGAAAGUACAAGUGUUUGGUCUGGAGGGAGGGAACCUUAAUCAGAAAGAAACCCGUGCUGCUCAAAGUCAAAGACUGUGAGGUGGAGGUGGGGGAGGAGGUGGAGUCUGUCCAGCUGCCCUUCAAAACCACAGAAAACCUGUCGGAGGGAAUUCAAGUGAUAUGGGAACGUUACGAGCCGUUCCAGAAGGCCUACAUGUUUAAAAACAACACUAACCCAGUUGAAGAACAGCACGAGGAUUACAGACUCCGAACUGUGAUGAAUGAAGACCCGCUGAACUCUGGAGACCUCAGUCUGACCAUGAAAAAGCCCACAAAGAGAGACCGUGGAGAGUACAAGUGUUUGGUCUGGAGGGAGGGAAACUUAAUCAGAAAGAAACCCGUGCUGCUCAAAGUCAAAGACUGUCAGGUGCAGUUUGAGCAGGGGGCGGAGUCUGUUCAGCUGGCCUUGAUAACCACACAAAGCCUGCCUGAAAAUGCUUAGUUGGAUACGUGAAGAAUCAGAUCCAUCAGUGAUGGUCGGCGUGUAUAAGAAACCCUCUGGCCAAUGUUCCCUCUAAGCUGCACGCAUGCGCAAUUGCCCACUGCUGGCACGGUCUCUGCGCACAGAAAAUCUGCGUUGCGCACAAAAAAAACUAACCAGAAUUGAAAUUAAAAUUAAUAUUUAU